AUGGAGCGGAUCCGCGUCACUGGUGUAAGUGUAUUUGCAUAUGAAGAUGUGGGACAUCAUCAAGUGUUCCCGUUGUCCCCUGUGAUCGAAAGAGGUUCAACCCUGGAACUUUUUUGUAGUCUUGGCAAAAAGCUCUAUCCCUAUAAAAAUGCAAGUCAUAUAAUCUGGACACUGAAUGGGGAUAGGAUUGCAAAAGAAAACUAUAUAAUUGUCAAUGAUUCCGUCUCUGGAGUUGUUAUCCAUAAUUUCACUUAUGAAGAGGCUCAUGUGAAAUGCUAUGUUGAUUUUCCCAUCGAAAAGCAACAUCUGGCUCGCACUGAAAUUAAAUCAGGGUUUCCACCAUCAGCACCUGAAAAUAUUUCUUGCAUUGAUAAUGGGGGCAAAAAUAUUACUUGCAGUUGGACUUUUGGACGCGAUACAUACAUUGAAACAGAUUACACAAUUAUCGGAAAACAAGGCCGCGAAUGGAAAAAAAUAUUUUUAAAUAACACCUGGAAAAGCAAGAAUGGUUCAAGAUCUCAUAAUUUCCAAACUACAGUGUUUUAUCCUUCAUUUUGUAUUCAGUUGAAGCUAGAAAAUCCCUUGGGGAAAGCAGAGUCACAGUGUGUUUCCCAAAUAUCAGAGGAAAUAUUGAAGCUUGGACCAACUCCUGUGAAAGUGGGAAAAAUUCCAGGGAUGAAGAAAAUGCUAAGAGUUUCCUGGGAAAGAGAUAUGGAUAGAAACAAGUGCCGGAUUCGAUACAGAAACAUGAAACAAAAUGACUCUAAAGAAGCCUACAACUUCACAGAAAUGUAUCAGCAAAAUUAUUGUGAUCUCACCAAUCUGUGGAGUUUUACUGAAUAUGCUGUUGCCAUUCAAUGCAUUAAAGAGGGAUCAAAAUUCUGGAGUGAGUGGAGCAGAGAGCAGAUUGGAACAACAGAGGAAGAAGUUCCCUCAAAAGAAGUAGAUCUAUGGAGAGUACUUGAAAAAUGUCAGCCAACAGGAUCCCGACUGGUUCAUCUUUUCUGGAAGCAACUUAAAGAGGAUGAAUCUUUAGGAAUAAUAAAAGGUUACAGAAUAAAGUGCUUCACCCAAAGCAAUCAUUCCCUUGUGUGUGCAAGGAACACUACUGACGAGUCAGUUACUGUCUGGGUAAUGGAGCAAGCCUAUGUGAUUAGUGUUAUUGCUCAUAACGCAGCUGGAGAUUCCCCGGAGGCUGUUUUGAGAAUUCCUUCAUGUGCUGAAGAAAGCAAGGAUUAUCCAAGGGUUGUUAUGCUGAACGCUUCUGCUUUAAAUGAACAAAUGACUGUGGAAUGGCAAACAUCAGAUUCAGAUAUACACAGCUAUGUUGUAGAAUGGUACGAUGUGUUAGAGAUGAAUGCAUCUGAAAGGUCAUGGCAUUACGUAAGAGAUGCCACCAAGUGGACAUUUCAGAAAGGAGCCUUCGAACAAUAUAAAUGUUACAACAUCUCGGUGUACCCUGUGUAUAAAGAUGAAAUAAAAGCUCCAAGUUCCAUAAGGACCUACUUUAAGCAAGGGCGUCCCUCAGACGGCCCUGUUGCAGAAGUAGAGAAUGUCGAUAAAAAUGAGGCUACCAUAAAGUGGAAGGAAAUUGAAAAAGGGAAAGCAAAUGGUGAUAUUAUUAACUACACUAUAUUCUACAUAACAGAAGGUGGGAAAGAGAUAGGAAAGACGGUGAAUGCUAGUCUGCUACAAUACCGACUAAAGUCCUUGCAAGCUAAUGUCCAGUACACAGCUUAUGUUAUGGCAAGCACCAUUGCUGGUGGAACCAAGGGGAACGAUGUCACUUUCAUCACCAACCGACUUAGUCUAGUAGAAAUAGUCCUUAUAAAUGUCUUUGCUGGACUGUUAAUCCUGUGCCUGUUAAUUUUUGGGUUAUUGUGGGCCCUGAAAAAACGCAUGUUAAAAAGGAUUUUCUGGCCGAAAAUACCACAUCCUAAGUUACCUGAGAUGAACCAGGACAAUCUGGAAAAGCCAUUGAAAGAACCACAGUCUGAGGAGAACACAGUCAUCCCUGAGGUCAUCAGUAUUUUGAAAGUAGACGAAAAUGACGAGUAUCAGCUACUGAAGCUUGAGGAGUGCUUGGGACAGUCCAAGGUCACUACAGAAGAUGCUGUUUGCCAGCAUGAGGCUUCAGGCAGUGGAGAACACGAAGCUAUGAAACUUCUCUUACAGACAGCGCCCUCCCCUAGUCAACAUUUCAGGAGUCAACGACUUCCAGAUCCAAUGGUCCAACAGCCACUUUUACAAAAACCAGAAGAAAGCUCAUCUGAAGACUCUCCGAAUUCAAACUGUAAAGAUGAGGAAAAACAAGAUCAGACAAACGUGAAAGAAAAAACUGAAUUCAACUCCUAUUUAAAAAACUCUGUCUGUACAAGGGAGUUUCUGGUGUGCAAGGACUUGUCAGUCCCAAAGAAGAAAGAAAGAAAGAAAGAGACCACCCCCCCUUGUGUGUCAAGUGGCGACGGGCAACAAUAUGUGGCACUGGAUGCCAUUGUCCUGACUCAGCAUUAG